AAUAACUUCCAAUGGAAUGAAAAAUGAUUGAAACACAACGACUGUAUGUCAGAAACACGAUCUUACGCUUACUACAAAACUGCAAGAACAUGAGAGAGCUCAAACAAAUUCAUUCCCAAAUCAUAACAUCCCCAGGCAUAUCCAAACCUGACCACUAUUUCCUAAUCUCCCGUUUCAUUUUUUUCUGCACAGUUUCUGAGUCGGGAUGUGUCAGCUACGCGACCCAACUUUUUCGACUCAUAGAAAACCCAAAUCUCUUUGUAUACAACGCUAUGAUCAGAGCUUACGCAACUAAAACCAAUGAGAAAAGUGGACCCAGUUCGUGUCGGUCUUUAAUUCUGUACAAGCAAAUGUUAUUUGAUCAUGUAUUUCCUGAUUGCAUUACAUUCCCAUUUCUUUUGAAGGAAUGUGUGAGGAGGGGUGAUGGUUUUGCAGGUCGAAGCAUUCAUGCCCAUGUUUUAAAAUUGGGGUUUCAUAGUGAUGUUUUUGUGCAAAAUUCAUUGGUUAGUUUGUAUUCAGAAUGUGGGUUUUUGAAUAUUGCGCUGAGGGUAUUUGAUGAGAUGUCUAAUAGGGACGUUGUUUCUUGGAAUUCGAUAAUUAUCGGCUGUUUGAGAAGCGGUGAGCUUGACUUGGCUUUGGAUUUAUUUAGGAGGAUGAAGGGGAGGAGGAAUAUUAUUACUUGGAAUUCGAUUAUAACGGGGUUUGUUCAAGGAGGGCGGCCAAGGGAGGCCAUAGAACUUUUCCAUGAAAUGCAGAUUUGGGGUGAGGACAUGGUUAGUCCGGAUAGGAUUACUGUUGCUAGUGUUCUUUCAGCUUGUGCUGCUGUGGGUGCGAUUAAUUAUGGGAAAUGGAUGCAUAGUUACUUGAACAGAAGUGGAUUGGAGUGCGAUAUGGUUAUUGGGACAGCAUUGGUGGACAUGUAUGGGAAAUGUGGAUGCGUGGAGAGAGCACUGGAGGUUUUCAGAGGGAUGCCUAAGAAGGAUGUAUUGGCCUGGACAGCUAUGAUUUCAGUGUUUGCUCUUCAUGGGUAUGGCAACGAGACUUUUGAUCUAUUUGCAGAGAUGGAAGCAGCUGGGUUGAGGCCUAACCCUGUGACUUUUGUUGGGCUGUUGUCAGCCUGUGCUCAUGCUGGCCUAGUAGAAAAAGGUCGCUGGUGCUUUGACAUGAUGAAAAGUGUUUACUUAAUUGAGCCGCAAGUCCAACAUUAUGCCUGCAUGAUUGUUGUUCUAAGUCGAGCUGGACACUUUCAUGAGGCAGAAGGGCUUAUUAGAAGUAUGCCUAUGGAGCCUGAUGUGUUUGUUUGGGGUGCCCUGCUUGGAGGCUGUCAAAUGCAUGGUAAUGUAGACUUAGGAGAGAAGGUUGCUUGGCAUCUGAUUGAUUUGGAACCUUCAACUCAUGCUUUCUAUGUCAAUUUGUGUGAUAUAUAUGCCAAAGUUGGUAAGUUUGAUGAUAUGAAGAAAGUUAGAGCUUUUAUGAAUGAGAAGGGGAUCAAGAAGGCAGUUCCAGGCUGCGGGAUGAUUGAAGUUGAUGGAAUUGUCCACGAAUUCUCGGUGAGAGGAUCAGCUGAAGUUGAAAUGGAGGGAAUACAUUGCGUAUUAAAUUGGUUAAGUAAUGAGAUGAAGAUGGAAGGGGGAUUGGUAGCUAUAAUAUUAGUCACUUACAUCAAAGAAUUUAUCUUGGAGGAUCGUCGGCCACCAGUGGCAGGGCCUAGACUGAAUCAACUGAUUCACUUCAACCGACUUUUUGAUUACCUAACAUCCCUUGCUCAGAAGCACAGUACUUUCCGGUUGAUCUCACCUUUACACAAUGAUGUCUAUACUGCUGACCCAGUUAAUGUUGAAUAUAUGCUUAAAACAAAUUUCUCCAAUUAUGGCAAGGGGGAGUAUCAUUGUGGGAUAAUGAGAGAUCUUUUUGGUGACGGGAUUUUCUCUGUGGAUGGGGAUAAAUGGCGCCACCAAAGGAAGCUUGCAAGCUUUGAGUUCUCGACAAAGGUUUUGAGAGAUUUCAGUACUGCUGUGUUUCGAACUAAUGCUGCUAAAUUGGCUUCAAAGGUUUCUGUAGCCGCAUUGGCUAAGCAAACUUUGAAUUUGCAGGAUUUAUUGAUGAAAUCAACUUUAGAUUCCAUUUUCAAGGUUGGUUUUGGGGUUGAACUUAAUACCCUAUCUGGUUCAGAUGAAUGGAGCAAUCAAUUCAUGAAAGCCUUCGAUGAUUCCAAUGGUAUCAUAUUUCGGCGCUAUGUCGAUCAAUUCUGGAGAAUAAAAAGAGUCCUCAAUAUUGGCUUGGAAGCGACUCUGAAGAAGAACAUCAAAGUCAUUGACCGUUUUGUUUAUGAUUUGAUCCAGCGAAAGAGGGAGCAGAUGAAAAGGGGAAGGCUUGAUGGAGGUAAGGAAGAUAUAUUGUCAAGGUUCCUUGUGGAGAGUGAGAAAGAUUCAGAAAACAUGAAUGCUAAAUAUUUGAGAGAUAUAACUCUCAGUUUCAUCAUUGCUGGCAAGGACACAUCUGCGAAUACCCUCACUUGGUUCUUCUACAUGCUGUGUAGACAUCCUUUGGUUCAAGAAAAGGUUGCACAAGAAGUGAGAGAAGCAACUGAAGCUGAGGAUAACUUGUCUACUGAUAUUUUUGCUAAUAGGCUAACUGAAGCUGCCCUGGACAAAAUGCAAUAUCUUCAUGCAGCUCUAACUGAAACUCUCAGACUCUAUCCUGCUGUUCCAGCGGAUGGAAAGAGUUCCGAACAAGAUGAUGUUCUUCCUGAUGGUUUCAAAAUAAAGAAAGGUGACGGCGUGAUCUACAUGGCCUAUGCUAUGGGAAGGAUGACAUUCAUCUGGGGUGAGGAUGCUGAGGAAUUCCGCCCUGAAAGAUGGCUUGAUAAAGGUGUUUUCCGACCUGAAAGUCCUUAUAAAUUCACAGCAUUUCAGGGGGGGCCUCGGAUAUGCUUAGGAAAGGAGUUUGCCUAUAGGCAAAUGAAGAUUUUAGCUGCUGUUCUCAUUUUCUUCUUCAAAUUCAAACUUGUGGAUGAGGAUUAUGAAGCUACUUAUCGAACCAUGUUCACACUCCACAUGGAUAAAGGGCUUCCUCUGUAUGCAUUUCCAAGAAUGUAAUUAGAAAAAGUCCCAAGUGUUUGUCAAUAAUUGUUUCAUUUCUUUGAAGCUACUUAUUGAACCAUCUUCACCCUUCAUAUGGAUAAGGGGUUGGC